AGUUUCCCGCGCAGCCGUCCAAAUGCGUGGUGGCGCUCCCUGAAGCAAGUCUCCUUCUGCGUUCCGGUGACCAUGGCGGCGUUCAUCAAGAAGGGCAGCGCCGAGGACUUCGAGAGUGUCCUCAAGGUGUACGGGAAGGCUGUGGCGGCCAAGGCCAAGCAGCGGAAGAAGAAGGAAGGCGAGAGUCUGGAGGCCAUGGACAAGUGGAUGCAAGAGGAACUCCCAUCAUCCGUCGCAUCCCGCUCGCCCCCUCACCUCACCCAAUCAGAGCUGGUGCGGCUGGUCAAGUGGAAACUGGCGCGGGGGAAAUUCCGGCCGCGAUUGGUGGAGUUCGCCGCAUCCAACGAGGAGGAGCUGGUCAAGAAGGUCACGGGAGAGAGCCUGAAAGUGGCGGAGAAGUGCAAGAAAGGGAAGGAAGAGGAGGCCUUGAAGAUACUAGUCAAGCUGAAGGGCAUUGGACCAGCCACCGCGUCCGCCAUCCUCGCUGUCUGCUGCCCAAAGAGAUAUUGCUUCCACGCUGACGAGGUUGCCCGCGCUGCCCUCGGCCUCACACCCUCCACCUCACUCCGCUACACCCUGGACGAGUACAUGGGUGUGCUGGAGGGUGUGUGCGCGUGUGUGUCGCGGCUCAACGCUGAGACAAGUGGAGAUGAGUGGACUCCUCACCGGGUGGAGUUGGCGCUGUGGAGUUACUGUGUGUUGGAGGAAAACUCUCCAGACCUCCUCCCCUCCAUCUCCUCCACAUCUCCUCCACCGUUGAAGAAGAGGAAGAACUGAUGAUGAAGAAGAGUUAGCAAGGAAGAGGAGAAGAGGAAGAAGGGUAUCAGUAUUUCCCUUCCUCCUCCUCCUCCUCCUCUUCCUCUUCCUCCUCUUCUUCUUUUCAACAUUUCAAGAAGACGAAGAAGGUUUGAAGGAAGAUUGGAAAGGUCUCUUCUUGUUUCUUCCUCUUCCUCUUCCUCUUCCUCCUCCUCCUCCUCCUCCUCAGAUAGAAAAAGAAGAGGAGGAGGUUUGAACUAACAUUUCUUCCUCCUCUUUCUCUUCUCCCUUCCACCUUAGAAGAAGAAGAAAGAGGAGGAGAGGAGGAGGCUUGAACUAGCAUCUCUUCCUUCCUCCUCCUUCUUCUCCUCCUCCUUAGAUAGAAAAAGAGGAAGAGGAGGAGGAGGCUUGGUUCCAUUCCUUCCUCCUCCUCCUCUUUCUUCUCCUUCCUCCUCCUCCUCCUCUUUCUUCUCCUUCCUCCUCCUCCUCCUCCUCUUUCUUCUCCUUC